AUGGGCGGGAGCGAUGAAGGACAGCAGGCCAUCGAGCGCCAGACCAUCUGUUUUCCGCGCCACGGCACUCAGGAUGUCUUGCAAGCGGGACACCCUGGCUUCAACGACGAGAUCGCCCGGCUGUAUUCCCCUGCAGAGAACAAUGCCCUGGAGAGCCUGCUUGCCUUGAAAGCCGACCUGCGACUGGCCUCCACCGACGACUUCUGGACGAUCCUCACCGAAGGCAUGUCAAAGCUGGUCGGAGCCGACAUUUGCUUCGUCAUGAAGCGCGUCUUGGUUGAUGACCAGGAGUCGGCCGUGGAAAUGCCGCCGAUUGGAGAGCCAGGGUCAUGUCUGAUGGCUGCCGCUCUCCAUUACCAUGCCAACGAUGGAUCGAAGAGCAAUGUCAAGUCGACCAAGUUCCAUGCGUAUGGAUGUCCUUGCGCUUACAUGCGCCACGAUAAGGUCUUCUUGAUUCCUGAACGGCUAGGAGACUUCAUCACCAACAACCCCAAUCAGCUGCCGACACCGUGCGAAGCAUACCUUGCUUUGCCUCUUUUCGCCCAAGGAAAGUGCUUUGGUCACUUUGGCACAUUAUUUUCCGUUGAGCGAGCACGUCAACGACAGCUAUCCUGGGCCUUCAUGGAAAUGCUACUGCAUUCACUGGAAGACUUGAUCUGUCAACGGUUCUUGCAGGGCGCCAACUUCAUUCGACCACAACAAGACUCUACACCUCCAUCUCGCGUCAUUCCACAUGCCGCAAUUACUGCAGCACAGUCACUACGACCUUAUGCUGGAAGUUUGUCCCAUGAGCUACGGACUCCAAUGCAGGGCAUUGUAGGCAUGCUUGAUGUGAUGUACGCCACAGUGCAGGAGGCGGUCGACGUGCAGGGCGAUCCCAGGCUUCGGAAAGUGUUCGAGGAGCUGAAGGACCAGAUCGAGACUGUUCAAGACAGUUCACGCAGAGCCGUGGAAGCAGCAGACAAUGUGGUCCACGCUUACGACAUGGAUAUGAGCGUGCCCGAAGCUCCAGCACAUCUCUUGGAAGAGCCGAGCGAUUCACAUUCGCCCUAUUCUGCGGCCGCGGAGAAAAGACCUGAUAUUCUUGUUGCUGGCAGCAACCUACCAUUAUCUCGUCCUAAUAAGCGCCGGCGAGAGGGUGAGAUCUCAAGAAGUGGUAGCAACGCCAGUGGCUCUGUUGCUCCUGGGACGGUGAAAAGACCGCGCACGGACCGCACUUUAUCUACACAAUGCACGCAUUGCUCGGAAGUCAAAGAAGGAGUGCAGGAGGCUCAAAUUGUUCAAGAGCAGUCGCAAGAGAAUGCCACCAUUGCGGACGUCCCUUCUGCAGAGGAUGCAGCUCUCGCGGCCGGUGUAGGUGGCCAACCACAUCGCGUUAUCGCACCAGGACUUCGCCACACCAGUCUUCGCGAGCUCCUACAGCAUGUCAUCAACGAAGGUCUGAAGGUAGGAGGCCGGCCGGACUCCGCCAUGGCACAGGAAACGGAGCAUGGCGAGAUUAUCGAAGUCAGGACGAGAGGCUCAGAUGGGACGCUGGGGCAGAAGUUCAUCGAAUGGAGAAUCGACCCGAAUGUGCCCAACACGAUGUUCGUGGACGAAAAGGAUUUGAGCAAAUUGAUCUCAUGCGUCUUUUUGAACGCGAUUAAAUUUACGCAGAGGAUCGAUGGCCGCAUUACCGUCGAUGUGCGAAUGACCCAGCGAGGACGAUACAUCUCAAUCAAAAUGGCCGACAACGGACCUGGCAUACCUGCUGCUUUUCUACCUCGACUGUUCAAGCCAUUUUCACAGCAAAAUGCAUCGACCACACGAUCAAGCGAAGGUCUCGGGCUGGGUCUGAUGGUGGCAAAGGGCAUUGCGAGAAAAUUGGGUGGCGAUCUAAAUUGCACCAAGGCUUUGACAGAAGGACCAGACCGUGGAAGUGAAUUCGAGAUCAAAGUCCCUCUGCACGCUGGAGAGACCAUCAGUCGACCGGAAUCGCCAUUCGGAUCACCACUUCCUCGUAAAGCAACAGUAGCGCAGCCGGAAUCACCGCUCUUGAAACCUUUGCCCGCAGCACCCGGCAGCCCUCGCAAGCUUUCACGCGCAUUGCAAGACGUAGUCGGCAAUGGACCAGCGCGCAUGUGCGAUUUGCCAAGCCAAGCUGCACCAUCAACCCCGCCCUCGCCAAAGACCCAAGUUGUGAACGUGACGGUACCAAGAGCUGACACGGACAGCCCGCCAACGACUUUAUCCACACCGUCUCCACCGGCACAGAUUGAGGCUCCCCGCCCACGAUUCAGAAAGUCAGUCGGCAACCCCGAGAUCGAUCGCGAUCUGGCGAAAAAGUACCCACUUACAUUCCUCGUUGCGGAAGACAACAAGAUCAACCGAAAACUUCUCGUCAGCAUGCUGGGAAAGUUUGGAUACAGAAGCAUUGUCGAGGCUCACGAUGGGGCUGAGGCUGUUCGUCAGAUGUCGAUCCCUCGUGCACCACGCGAGCAGAUCGAUGUGGUGCUUAUGGAUCUGUGGAUGCCAUUGAUGGACGGCUACGAGGCUACAGAGCGUAUUCUUAGCCUCGACACCAUCGCGCAAGACCACAAGCCUACGGUCCUUGCCGUUACAGCCGACGUCACGGAUAGUGCGUUGGAGCGUGCUGCGGAGGUCGGCAUGAAGGGGUUUAUGACGAAGCCGUACAAGCUGCACGACCUGCAGCGGCUGAUCAUGGAGUACUGCGCCAUCACUACGGCUGUUCAAAGUCCUCGUAUGCCUUCCUAA